AUGGCCGCCGCCACGAGCACUUCGCCUGCUACGCGCUCCUCGACUCUAGCCGACCACCCCAGCCUCCAGCCCGCCUUUCACCUCACCAUCGUCAUCGGUCCUGCCACGCCCGUCGGCUCGCUCUCUCGCGGCACGCCAUUGACAGUGGUCCCCCUCAUUUCGGGCACUUUUGUGAGUGAACCGGGCUUUCCUGUCAGAGUGGAUGCGAGGUUGAGAGGCCCGGGGGUGGAUUAUGUGCAUAAUGAUCCCGAUGGAGGGCGGAUGCGGCUGCGGAGUGAUUUGGUUGUUGGAAGUUACGACUUUGCCACUGCGAUAGAUCACGCAAGCAAUGGUGUCGCUUCUCCCGCCGCCAAUGCUCCUCCUCCACCGGUACCCCUCUCAGCCUCUGCGUUCGCUCUUGUAGAAGAGGAAUGCUUCCUGUCCCUAUCCCUCCACAAGGGUAUCCACCUAGGCACCCGAUUACUCAACCUCCACCAGCCCUGCUUUCGCUUCCUCCACUUCCUCCCAGCCCAUCUCGCAAUCUUAACACUUGCCCAAAUCAAGUACAAGCUCGUCAACGUGGUCAGCACCGCAACCACGACACUCACAAAGGUCAUGCUCGAGCACCGACAACUGAACGGCCUGGCGCGCAUUUCCCACCGCUCCCGCCAUGCCAAAGGGCAUAUUUCGGCGGACUUGAGAGGUGAGAGGAUGCCGAACGGGUAA